CAUGGGAGGCGGACGCCGAGGGUAUGGCGGUGGCUACGGUAGUGCAGGCUAUGGCCAAGGCUAUCGCCCCCGAGGUUCGGGAUGGGGCGGGGGUGGUGGUGGUAGUGGUUUUGGCGGUGGUGGUGGUGGUAGCUCUAGUAUGGGCAGUUCAUCCGGGUUUGGGGGCACAAGACGCCGCUAAGCAUCUUUUUAUAGAACCCUAA